UGGAACUUUAACAUUUGAAGAAGGAACCAUUGUUGGAGGUGUCUGUACAGGAUUAACUCCCUUGGCUUCUUCUGUGUCAUUGGAUUUAGAGAUGGAUGAUUCGUACCUGUUUGAAAUAUUCCACGUGGAAAGAGCAGGAUGUUCUUCUCAGUUGUUACUCCAUUUUGACAGCGCCUAUCUCACUAACCAUGUUGGUGAUACAGAACCCAUGCAUUAUAAAUAUACGGCUGCUGAAAAUCUACAUGUGAAUGGUUUAUUAGGAGAGUUAUCUUUAUGGGACAUCUUCACAUCAGGACCACCAUAUACAAUAGAACUUUAUAAAGGAAAUGAAGCUCGACAUUUUGCAUUCAAAGAUGAUACAACAGCCAAUCAAAAUGCAGCAACUACAACAGCUCCACCUACAUAUGAUUAUGUGACUGUUACCGGCACAAGUCUCCAGUAUAUUGCUUGUACAAGUAACACACAGACCCCAGAGCCAGAUAAUUCAGCUAUGGAAACAUUCACCAUCACAACAUCACAAGCACUACUGACCCUGGCCACAGAACUUAACUUUGAAGUUGCUGAGUCGUAUAAUCUUGUCUUCAGAGUGAUUGAUACUAAUGCUGCCCAAACCGGGUCUUUGGUUGUCAAGGUAGACAUUACAGAUGUCAAUGAUAAUUGUCCAGUGAUGAACAUUACUAGUGAUUUAUACUUUACAACAGAGCGCCCUCUACUACAGUUAGAUCCACUGUUUAUAAUAGGUGCUACUGAUGCUGAUAGUGGUACUAAUGGUCAGUUUGAGUACCAUGUGUCAGGAGUUCUUCUUGAAGAACCAUCAUUAGACUACAGUGAAGCACUGGCUAUCAGAGAACAAGUUUACAAUGGCAGCACAGAAGUGACUGUAGAGGUCGCUGUGAUUGACCUUGGGAAUCCACCUCAUGGCAGUGUAUUUAAUGUGACAGUCAAUCUCAGUAAUACCUGUCUUAUCGAUGAACUUUUUGACAGGACCAAUAUCACAUUCAUGAUAAAUAAGACAGAUAGUAAUGGUGACUUUUAUCUGAGGAUACCUGGCUACUGGAUUGUAGAUUUUCAAUGUGAUGAGGUUAUAGGAAUAUCCAGUGGCAUUGUGAGAGACGAACUCAUAACAGCCUCAUCAUCAAGAGAUGAGUAUAGCUUACCUGCAAGAGCAAGACUCAAUCUUACUCAUCUUGAUGAUACUGUAACUGACUUUUCGGGUGCAUGGGUGGCUGGAACAAAUGAUGUUGACCAGUACAUUCAGGUUGAUAUGGAAGAUCCGUACAAAUUUACCAAAUUAUAUCUACAAGGUCAAUCAGAUGAAGCCAACUGGGUGACGGCAUUUAAACUCUACUAUACAGAUGAUGAAGCAGGGAACUGGACACUGUAUCAGGAUAGUUCUGGAGAGUUUAUAUUCCUAGGAAAUAUUGAUAGUACUUCUACUGCAGAGUUGACACUAGAUCCACCGAUACUGUCCAGAUAUAUCAAAAUAAAUCCACAGAACUGGACAGGGGCUAUUGCACUCAGGAUGGAAUUAGCUGGAUGUACUCAGGCAGAACAGUUCCAUUGGGAUUACACAUGUGAGAGGUGUUACACAUCCUUUUACUGUCUUGGUGAUGGAGAAGCACAUACAUGUGGUAGAUGUGAAGACUCAGGCACAUGUGGCAGAUCUCCAACUGAGCACUCAUUUGGUGCUGCUGGAGAAUGUUCUCCUUGUCCCAUAGGAUGGAUAUGUCAGGAUGGUGUUGCUUCUCGAUGUGAUGAUUACCAUUAUGUUAACUGUACUGAUGAUUCGUGUCCUAGCGUGUGUGCUGCAUGUGAUCCAGGGUAUGCAUGCCGAGGAGGACAGAGUUACAUAUGUGAUGUGGGAACUUUUUCAGAUGGAUCUACGGAAUUUUGUGAGAUGUGUUCAGAGGGUACCUACCAGGAUGAACAAGGGCAGACCGGUUGCAAAAACUGUGCUGCUGGCUACUUCAGUGCCACCUCAAAAGAUCGCUGUGAUCCAUGUGACGUUGGGUCCUACAGUCUUGGCGACGGAUCUGGGGGAUGCGUUGGAUGUGCUGAUGAGGCUGAAUGCCCCUGCAUGGGUAAUCAAACCUGCUUCAUUGCUGGAGAAUACUCAACGACUUGUAUCAAUAAAGGAUCAGGGUCGCAUGAAUGCUUGACAUGUCCACCUGGAUUUACUGGUGAUGGAAAUACUUGUGCUGAUAUAGAUGAGUGCGCAUUUAAUCCAUGCUGGGAUCCAGCAGCCUGUAUCAACAAAGUACCAGGGUACCAGUGUUCAGCCUGUCCCUAUGGUUACACAGGAUCUAAUGAGGAUGCCUUGUCCCAGACAGUACAUUUGCGAGUGUUUGAGUCAUGUAAUCAAGUGGUAUCUGCUGUGCAACAACAGAAUUGUACAGACAUUGAUGAAUGUGCCGCAGGAACACAUAUCUGUGAUGUCAACUCUGAAUGUAUUAAUACAAUAGGAAGCUACAGAUGUGGGUAUUGUAAUGAAGGCUAUGAGGGUGUUUCCACACACUUUUGUUAUUCUACAAACUACUGUGACACAGGACAACAUGACUGUCAUACUUCAGCUACCUGUGUUUACCUGAGACCAACAGAAUAUAGAUGUGAGUGCCCUGUUGGUUAUGCAGGUAAUGGCAAACAGUGUGGACUAGAUUCGGAUUUAGACGGACAUCCUGAUAUCACCAUAGCAUGUACAGAUUGGGGAUGUUUUAUGGAUAACUGUAAGACUAUUCCGAACUGUGGUCAAGAAGAUGUAGAUAAUGACAACAUGGGAGACGACUGUGAUUUUGAUAAGGACAAUGAUGGUCUUAUAGACUCUAUAGAUAACUGUCCCUACUUCAUGAGUUUUGAUUCCACAGAUACUGAUGGGGAUUCAGUAGGGGACCCUUGUGACAACUGUCCAUCUGUCAGUAACAGUGACCAGAAGGACAACGAUGACGAUGGUGUCGGUGAUGAAUGUGACUCAGACGAUGAUAAUGAUGGCGUUGCAGAUACUAGUGACAAUUGUCAGUUUGUUGCCAACCCUGGACAAGAAAACAGUGAUGGUGAUGACCAUGGAGAUGCCUGUGAUAACUGUGUCAAUAACUUUAACAGUGGUGAUCCACAAACUGACACGGAUGAUAACAAAGUUGGUGAUGCUUGUGAUACAGUUGGGGGUACAAAUAAGGACAAGGAUGGAGAUAGUAUACUGGACAUCAUUGAUAACUGCCAAGAGUUACCAAAUGGGGACCAGUCUGAUAUUGACGGGGAUGGAACAGGUGAUGUUUGUGACACUGAUUCGGAUGGAGAUGGUGUUAUAGAUACAGAAGACAACUGUCCAUAUAGAAGUAACCCACUUCAAACUGAUAUUGAUGGUAACAAGGUUGGUGACGACUGUGCCGUAGAUGCUGAUGGUGACGGAAUGAAGGACAGUAACGACACCUGUCCACAUAACCCAAGUAUUUCUGAGACCUCGUUCAACUCUUACUUCACUGUAGAUUUCUAUCCAACACAUAGCAGCACUGAUCCUGUUUGGUGGGUGAAAGCUGCUGGUAGAGAGAUAUACCAGACAGCAGCAACUGGCAAACCUGCAGCUUUAAUUGGUGAACAGUCGUAUGGAUCUAUUGAGUAUAGCGGUACUGUCUAUGUACGUUCUACAGAAGACGAUAAUUAUGUUGGCUUUAUUUUUGGAUACGCCAACAACAGGAAGUUCUACCUAGUCUCCUGGAGACCAAACAACUAUAACUUUGACAACACGACUUACAAGGGUGGUAUAAAAGGAGUUCAUAUCUCGGCAGUCAAUUCCAACAGUGGACCAUCACAGUCUUUAGCUGAGGCCUUAUGGCUAGAUACGUCAACAGAUAACGAGUUAACAGUUCUUUGGCAUGACCCUAACCUGGUAGCCUGGAGUAACUUCACCUCCUAUAAAUGGUUUCUUACACACAACACAGAUCUGGGUAAAAUUAGAUUAAAGAUUUACGACAUCAACUCUCUACUGAUAGACAGUGGCGACAUCUAUGAUACGAGUAUAACAGGUGGACGAGUUGGAGUAUUCCAGUUUGGUCAACAGAUGUCACUGUGGUCCGAUUUAAAAGUGAAAUGUGUCGAUCGAGAAAAUAUGGCACUAUAUUUCAGUGGGAGUUCAGACUAUGUUUCUUUGACUAAUAUUGGUGAUCUAAAUAUAUAUCACAGUUUCACCGUUGAUGUAUGGAUCAUGGUGGAAACAGGAUACCCUACAACAGAAAUGCCAAUAUUGUGUACAGAAAAUCGUACCAUAUGUUUGUGGAUAGAAAACGGCAUUGUCAAUGGACAGUAUAUAAACUCAACAGUACAGGCCGCCUCGGCUGUCACCGCAGAUCAAUGGACUAGUGUAGUACUGAUAUUUGAUGAAACUGACUGUGCAUUAAAGCUUUAUAUUGAUGGAACAUUGUCAAGUCAGACAACAGAUAUAAAACCAGUAGACUUGAGUCAAUACUCAUCCACAGCAGACACAUUCCUGUACUUAGGAACAGAUGGCAGUAACUAUUACCAAGGUUAUAUUGAUGAGUUCCAGUUUUUCAACAUAGCCAUACUAGAAACAGAAGUUGUAGAUCACAUAGAGCUACCAUUAGUGGAUGAGUAUCCUAAAUACCAUAAUUAUGGACAGUUAUAUUUGAAGUUUGAUCAGACCAAUGGAACCAGUACACUGACAAAUACUGGUUUACUGUCCCUGACAGCACAGGUUCAUGGGAGUGCUGUGUUUAAAGAGAGCAUGCAGGAUUACUACAGAUUUCAACUGACAUACCCAGAUAACUGAAGCCACACAUUGGCUUGACAUUGUUUAAAAAUUUCAUUCUUGUGCUAAUAUUAUCAUUUUUUUAUUUAUUCAUUUGUUCUGUAAAAUUCAUUAUAAAUAAAAUUUGACCUCUUA